AUGGCGCGAACGGUGGCACUGUUGAGCGCCUGCAUCGCGCUGGCGCAGAGCGCUGCCCUUCCCAGCUCCUGCGAUGUCGCGACCAUCGGUGCGGGCUGGGCCGGUGUGUACACUGCCUUCCGGCGAUCCCUUCUGGGCAGCAAGGUGUGCAUCUUCGAGGCGUCCCAACGCAUUGGGGGCCGAACUUAUUCCCACGAGCUGCAGGCAGGCAAGAAGCAGGAAGCCUUCACGCUCGACGUCGGCGCCUACCGUUUCUCCCCGGACAUGCACCUGCCGGGGGACGUGAUCCUCAAGGUCUUGGGCUUGGCUACAGCCUGCUACGAACCCGGCUGCCCUCCUGCGUCGGAGGACUUUCCGAAGCCCUUCCACUUCAACUACACGGCCCCCCUCCGGCGAAUCGUUGAUGCGGAUGGCAUGCCAGCUGGGUACGUCACGGCCAUCAAGGGCAUGUUGAACACCAUCCUGGCCUCAGGCGAGGGCAGCAGUUGCACCUUGCGUGUGUCACUGCGAGUGCAAAGGGAAGCGCGGAGUCCUUGGUGGAUCUUUGGCUUUGACUCUUCAGUGAUGAUUUCGGAAGGGGACAUUUGCUUCGUGAACUAUGGAGAGGUGCCGCCAUGCAUUCAUGCCAGACUUGUUGGAGCGCACAUUCAGAACGACCUGUUUGUGAUCAUCACGCCUGACUACGAUGUGUACGAGGAACAGUUGUCUAACUUAAACCCCGACUUCACCGCCUUCCACUAUGGAGGUCCAGGGCUUGGGGCGGCAGUUCCAGCUGGUUUGAAUCGAGCGCAUGUGUAUGCCUUCGGGGCCAUGUCAGCGAUUGACUACCAACGCUUGAUGAACCAGGCAAGGCUCUAUGCUGCAGGCAUCCGAGCCGGUUUGGGCUUGUCGCCAGUACCAAAUGUAGCCCCAGCUGUGCCUGCGCCAGCUCCAGGUGCACCCGCAGUACCUGCCCUUCCUGCUGAUCCACUGGUUUGGGUUGCCCUUGAAAGCAGAGGCAACGUUCGGGUCGGAUCAGUUGUGGUUCCGGCUGGACAGGGCUUACCCGCUGGAGCCGUGAACUUAGGUGAUCGUGCCAUCGUCGACGCCGGUGCAGGCCUGCUAGUUGCUCUCAAGCAGGUGCCGCAGUCCCAGGUGGGGACUAUGGAGACCAGGGACUUGAGGGUUCUUCCUUUGCGUUUUGAUGGGCAAGGGCAACGACGGGCCGACUUCAAUGAGGUUGUCAGCCAGAUGUCUCAGGACGACAUGCCAGGAGGCAAGUUGCAGUUGGACGGGCCCCCUUCCGCCCUGGAGGUGGUCCGUUCCAUGGUGCUUCGAGGGCUCACACCUGUCACUGAUCAUGAACACUGGGUUCGGACGCAUGAGUUGGCCAAGGGCGACAGGUCCGUGUACGAGAUGGAGGUGAUCACCAGGGUCUUGGAGGCAUUCAUCACUGUCGACCAGAUCAACAUCCCCAACCUCAAGGGUUGCGAGCUGCUGGUGCGUCGUUGGCAGUUGAUCCGGGAGGCUCACCGGCUAUCGCCCACCAACCCGGACUACAGUGCAGCUGAUGUCAUCAUGGGUUGGGCUUACCGGAAGGGCGAUGGGGUUGAGCCGACCUUGGCUCGCUACGUGGCAAGCGAGCUGCGGGACCAGGCGUCGAUCGCCAAGGAGGCGCGCAAGGCGCGUGAAGAGCAGGAGAACAGACGUGGUGGUGGCCGCCGAAACCCGAAAGAAGCGGGGGGAGGCGGCGGUGGCGGAAAGUAA